GCAGGUUUCAAUCAUGUCAAGAGGUGAUGACAAAUCAACCCCUAGAAGCCACCAUGUGGAUGAAUCCUUCAUGCUCAAAGCAAUGUAACAACAAUUUCAAAGGCUGAACAUCAUGUUUGGUGAGAUUAAAGACAAAAUGGAAAAACAAGAUGCAGCGAUAGCCAAGUUAUACCAAACACAGAAUGGAAGUCCGAAUUUGCGUAGGAAUGAUGCUAAUGAUGAUUUUGAUGAUGAUUAUAAAGAUGCAUUCAACAAUGAUGCCCAGAACUCAAAUUUCAACAUGGACAGAAUUAUGAGAGGUAGAAGGGGCCAAAGAGAGCAAAAUCUGAUAAGGUGGGGAGAUCGGCAAGAUCGUGACUUAGGCCUUACUCAAGGGUCCAGAAGCGUUGAGGAUUAUCACAAGGAGAUGGAAAUCGCAAUGGUUAGAGCGAAUGUCGAAGAGGAUAGAGAAGCAACAAUGGCACGGUUUCUGCAUGGUGUAAAUCGUGAUAUAGCUAAUGUGGUGGAACUGCAGCAUUAUGUUGAAUUAGAGGAUAUGGUGCACAUGGCAAUGAAAGUGGAAAGGCAACUCAAGCGUAAAGGUGCCACCACUAGAACUGGGCAAAACUCAAGUUCCUCAUCUUCUUGGAAACUGAAUUGGAGCAAAAAGGAAGAAAAUUUUGUUUUUAAGCCUAAAACUGCAGCAUCUAAGUCAAAAGAAGUUGGCAGCAAUGAGAAGAGUAAAACAGAUAAUACAGAAGAUGGAGAAAUUGAAACUGAGGAUGAAUCUGAUGAUGAAUCUAUGCCACCAUUAGAAGAUGCUAAUGAUGGUGUGGAAUAUGCUGUUGAUGGAGAACUGCUCGUCACCAGGCAAGCUUUGAAUGUGCAAGCCAAAGAAGAUGAUGAAGUACAACGUGACAAUAUAUUUCACACGAGGUGCCAUGUCAAAAACAAGGUAUGUAGUGUGAUUAUUGAUGGUGGUAGUUGUAUUAAUGUAGCUAGCCUUGUUUUAGUUGAAAAGCUUAAUUUACCUAUGACGAAGCAUCCAAGGCCAUAUAUGCUGCAAUGGUUAAACGGUUGUGGAGAAAUCAAGGUAAAUAAGCAAGUUCUAGUUUUAUUCUCUAUUGGACGAUAUAAGGAUGAGGUACUUUGUGACGUGGUUCCUAUGCAUGCUGGACAUUUACUUUUAGGGAGACCAUGGCAAUAUGAUAAGAGGGUAACACAUGAUGGCUUCAAAAAUCACUAUUCAUUUGCCAUGGAGGAGAAAACAAUUACUCUUGCACCAUUAAGUCCAAGGCAGGUUUAUGAGGAUCAACUGAGGGUAAAAAAAGAGAGUGAGCUAAGAAAUGAGAGUGAGCUUGAAGAUGCUUAUUUCAACACUAACGAACUUAAUGAUUCUUUGCCUAGUGCUGUUAAAUCUUUUUUGCAGGACUUCAAGGACGUGUUUCCAAAAGACAUCCCUAACAGUUUGCCACCAAUAAGAGGAAUUGAGCAUCAGAUUGACUUCAUUCUAGGUGCAACAAUUCUGAACCGACCAGCAUAUCAAAGCAACCCCAAUGAGACGAAAGAACUUCAAAAGCAGGUUGAAGAACUCAUGAAGAAGGGGCAUGUGAGAGAAAGCAUGAGUCCAUGCGCAGUUCCAGUGCUACUUGUGCCUAAGAAAGAUGGGACUUAGCGUAUGUGCGUUGAUUGUUGCACUGUUAACAAAAUCAUUGUAAAGUA